UGUCUGGAUGUCCCCAUGGUCUGGCCCUGCUUUCUGGAACACUGUAAACUCGGUCAGAGCUGGCCACACAUCCACAGCCGGGCUGGGGCAGCAGAGCAGCACCCUCAUAUAGGCCUGCAGGACAAUGAAUUCCCUCUGUGGAUCAGGACAAAGAAGGGGCCUGCCCCCAGGCCCACAGUGGGCACAGAUGUACUCUGGGCUCAUUCCUGCUUGAAUGUUGCCUGCCAGCCACAACUGGGCACACUUUGUCUCGUAGACACCAAGUGUCAUAAUAGUGUCCCAGAAAAUCUUGGUGCCGAUGGCAAGACACCCCAAAGAUACCUCUGCCAGCGCGAGAAGACUCUGGCUAGGGCUCAUUCUAUAGCAGCAUUUCCUUUGGCUUGCCUUAAGGAGCCUUUGAAGUGGAAAUGUGUAACAUUUGAGCCCUACCUAAGGGAAGGAACAGAACUAGAACCCAGUCACCCUAUCAUUCCUAACACCCUCUCCCCUGGGCCCACCCAGUUGUCUUAUUCACCUUCCACUGCUCCAAGCAGGGCUCCUCCUUCGCAGGGUGAGCACGAGCUGAGUGACUGUAGCUUUAAAAGGGCAUCUCAAGACACACCCUGUGUAGGUCUCCCACUGGAAAACCAGGUAGAACAGGCUUCUAGGUCAUGCCCAGACCCUUCCCACCUUACUUCAGAACUGCUGAAGCUUGGCAGCCAAGAGGAAGUGCCUGGACCAGCUGAAUGCAAGCCAGGACACAGCCCAGAAAGCAGCCUUGUGGAGCCUGAAGGUGUGCACCCUGGUGAUGCUAUCGGUAAACAAAGGUGCCUGCAAAACAUCCUUGCCAAGACAGGAAACCAGACCAAGACCUACUCGUCAAAGUGUGUUCUCAAUGAGGAGAGAAAGCCGCCUGAUAGGGCCUUCCCCUUCCCACAUUGCUGCAGCCACGGUGAGAUAGCUGUGUGGAACAAAAGGCUCGUGGUUUCCCCAGAAGUGAAUGAUAGCACCUACACCCCAAAGAGCACCCUGCGAUCAAGUGUAGUUGAUGCUUCAGAUGCGGCAGAAGAGGCAGCGGUUCUAGACCCCCAAUGCAGGGGAAAUGCGUUGCAGAGUCUUUUGGAUUUCCCAACAGUCGAAAGAACUUACUGCCACCUUGGGGAUGAGUGUGCGCAGGGAACCAGGGAUGGCAGGGAGCCUUUCACUUCUGGCCAGCACCAGGUGCCCAAAGUACAUGGGGCCUGGAAGCACAGCUGCAAACUCAUCAUGAUAGCAGUCAAGCAAGGACACAAACAGACUUCCACAAGGAAGGCCCACUGUCGUCUAGAAUCACAGUUCCGUGAUUUCCCGGAGGAAAGACCUCAGUCUCCACAAGGUACAGGCACCACAGCUUAUGAGCCUACAUACAGCAGUGAGCAUGAACUGCAAGGAUGCCCGGCAGCAGGGCCGGAUGAUGGCGCUCCUCAGCUGCUGGCCCAAGGCAUAGAGUUUGUGAGAGCUCUGGUCCCCAGGGCUGCUUCAGAUGAUGACACCCUGAGCUCAGAAGAUGCUCUGGAGGAGAAGCAGCUUGGGGAAACCUCGUGCCUGGAGUCUGAGUGUGGUGUACACUCUGGCUUGGGCAUCCAUCCCGAGGGGAGCCAGGAGUCACCCAGCCCAGAACUCAGACAAGGAGAGCUUACUACAGACGUUGCGGAGCAUGCAGAAGUCUCCAGUGCAUGGGCUGGUGAAAUAAAGGUCCCCCAUUCAGGAGUCCUGGCUCCCGCCCAAGUCACAACGCAGCAGUUCCAGGGACUUUGCAGCCAGCUUCAGCGGGAUGCACAUGAGUCAGAGCAGCACCCUGCCUUUCUCCAGAUGACCCCUUUAAGGACUGAAGGGUCCUGGUCUGGGGAGAGCCCCAAAGGGGACAUACUCUGCAGCCAGGUCUUGACCUCAGAGGGCCUGAACCUGGCUUGCCCCAGCCCCGAGGAAGGUGUGCCCCAGAGUCCAUGGUUUGCAGCCUGCCAGGUGGAGCCGCCUAUGCAUCACCACGUGCACCAGAGCAGGUCUCUGGAGACCCAUUCUGUUGGUGCACAGCAAGAGAUUCAAGAGGGGCCACUAGGGGACCUCGGUGGCGAAGGACCUUCCUCAGAAAACGGCAACAUCAAGAGACUAAAAACAGAAAGCAAGAUCAGGGCAAGGCUGGCCUUAGCCCAUAAGACGUUUACCAAUUUUUUUGAGGCCAAAGCCACAGAGAAAACAAAUGCUGGCUCUGUCAAAGGCGAGAAAGAGAAGCGCAGACGAGGCCAGAGUUCCUGGCGCACAUUUCUGAGAAGCAAGGAUGUGGAAGGAUCCAAACGGCCCUCUUUAGGGAGUGGUGUUCCAGGACCAGACUUUCCGGAACUCCUCCGCUCUUCCCCACCAGCAACCAGAGGCAACCGUGAAGAGUGGACAGUUAGCACGGACAGCCGCGUGUGUGUGGAGUCCUGGACACCCUUACAGUCUCCUGCAACUCCGCCUUCCAGCUGUCUGGCUUCUCCGGAAUACCGGAGGAAAAGUGAACCAACCAUAAAACGCACUGCUACCCAGGAAAGCAGGAGGUACCUCUCUUCUGGGAUCUUCCCAGAGCCGCCCUGGCUGACUUCCCCCACCAGUCCUCGAGCCCAGCACACUGGCAUUGGUGGUACACUCCCCUGCAGCUCUGCCUGCCAUUUGGCCUAUGAAAACCAAGGCAUGCCCUGCAGACCCACAAGCCCCAAGCCCACGAGUCCCAUGCCUGGGGCUCAGAGAGUGGAUCUCUGCCUUGGAGGCCGGACUAGUGCAGCCUCCAUGGUCUCUCUUAGAAGCUACAGGAACGCUAACACAUGUUCAGAGGACUCGGACCGGCCCAAGGGCAAGGCCAGGGCAAGCCUCUUACUUUCCCUGCAAACACUCCACCAGAACGGCCAGAAGGAAGACAGCAUAAGUGUGUGCCAGUGUCACCACGGCCUGGGCACAGCACCCUUCCUCAGGGACCUUCCUGGGAGCGAGAGCUACAGCGCCCUGGAAAAACCUCCAGACAAGAAGGCCAGUUCUUCCUGUGAUCAGAGAACUUCUUACGCAGAGCCUACUCAGCGGCUGGCAUCUGCCACUGACGUAGUGAUGUGGGCCCCACCCUCCGUCUCCACAGAGCAAGUCCCCAGAGAGGGCCCUUCACAGCUCGGGAGGGCCCCUCAACACUCCCAUUUCAGCUUGGAUGACAUGUGGAUAGAAAAGACUCAGAGGAGGAAGCUGGAGAAGCAGAUGCAGCUUAGAAAAAAGAUGGGCACAGGGAUCAUGCACGUGGACCAAGCUCAGUGCUGGAAGAAGACACUCACCACCUCGCCAGAGUCUCUGCACCUCCCUAGAAGAAGAAGCCACCUGCUCUCCCAGAGUGCCCCAGUGGGACUGGACUGCAGAGGCUGGCUGGAGCCGAUGCCUGAUACCGGGAUGCCGGAUGGAACUCUGGAUACAGUGUGCGCAGAGGAAACAGGCAGUGAAGAGGACCUGUACGAAGAGCUUCACAACUCGGGGCACCACUACAGCCACCCAAGAGGAGGUGGAGAGCAACUGGCCAUCAACGAGCUCAUUAGUGAUGGCAGUGUGGUAUGUGCCGAAGCCCUGUGGGACCAUGUUACCAUGGACGACCAGGAACUGGGCUUCAAAGCCGGCGAUGUCAUCGAAGUGAUGGAUGCCACCAACAGAGAAUGGUGGUGGGGCCGCGUCGCAGAUGGCGAGGGGUGGUUCCCUGCCAGCUUUGUACGGCUGCGGGUGAAUCAGGAUGAGCCCGCGGAUGACUAUGAGGCCCCGCGGGCCGGGGCUGGAGAGGGCGACGACAACGUCCCAGAGGCCCAGAGCUGCAAGGACCAGAUGCGCACCAACGUCAUCAAUGAGAUCCUCAGCACUGAGCGGGACUAUAUCAAGCACCUUCGAGACAUCUGCGAGGGCUAUGUCCGCCAGUGCCGAAAACGGGAGGACAUGUUCAGUGAAGAGCAACUGCGCACCAUCUUUGGGAACAUUGAGGACAUCUACCGCUGCCAGAAGGCCUUCGUGAAGGCUCUGGAGCAGAAGUUCAACACAGAGCGGCCACACCUGAGCGAGCUGGGUGCCUGCUUUCUGGAACACCAAGCAGACUUCCAGAUCUAUUCUGAGUACUGCAACAACCACCCCAACGCCUGUGUGGAGCUCUCCCGGCUCACCAAGCUCAGCAAGUACGUGUACUUCUUCGAGGCCUGCCGGCUGCUGCAAAGAAUGAUUGACAUCUCCCUGGAUGGCUUUCUACUGACCCCUGUGCAGAAGAUCUGCAAGUAUCCCCUCCAGUUGGCAGAGCUGCUCAAGUACACACACCCCCAGCACAGGGACUUUAAGAACGUUGAGGCUGCCUUGCAUGCUAUGAAGAACGUGGCCCAGCUCAUCAAUGAACGGAAACGGAGACUUGAAAACAUCGACAAGAUUGCUCAGUGGCAGAGCUCCAUAGAGGACUGGGAGGGGGAAGAUCUCCUGGUCAGGAGCUCAGAACUCAUCUACUCGGGGGAGCUGACCCGUGUAACACAGCCUCAAGCCAAGAGUCAGCAGAGAAUGUUUUUUCUCUUUGACCGUCAGCUCAUCUACUGUAAAAAGGACCUGCUCCGCCGGGACGUGUUGUACUACAAGGGCCGGCUGGACAUGGAUGACCUGGAAGUGGUGGAUGUGGAAGACGGGAAGGACCGUGACCUCCAUGUGAGCGUCAAGAAUGCCUUCCGUCUGUACUGUGGUGCCACGGGCGACAGCCACUUACUGUGUGCCAGGAAGCCAGAACAGAAGCAGCGCUGGUUGAAGGCCUUUGCCAGGGAGAGGGAGCAGGUGCAGCUGGACCAGGAGACAGGUUUCUCCAUCACUGAGAUGCAGAGGAAGCAGGCCAUGCUGAACGCCAGCAAGCAGCAGGCCACAGGGAAGCCUAAAGCUAUCGGUAGGCCAGGCUACCUGACCCGCCACAAGCAUCCAUCCUUGCCUGCCAGCCGGCCCCAGCAGCAGGUGUUGGUGCUAGCAGAGCCCGCGGAAGCCAUCUCACUUCUGGCACAGCCUCAGCAGACUGGCACCUUUCCGGAAGUGAGCCAGCACCUAUCGGACAAUCUGACAGCACUUGGUGGAGCCAGCCUUCCCUCGAGGCCUACUCCAUCACGCCCUCUGCCUGGUAGUGGAAGUGAACGGGUAAAGCACCAGAGCUGUAUUAAGUCUGGGUCCCGCCUCUGGCCUCUUCCCCACUGCUAGUGCAGUGUUGCACGGGUACCAGCCUCUGCCUAUACUCUGGACCUGCGCAGGGCCUCCACCAUGGUGAGCCUGCAAGCCACAGCUCAGAACCACCACUGGCCAGGCUGUGCAAAUCGGGCUCAUCUGCUCUGGACGUUCUGUGGAAAGCUUAUCUCCACUCCUGUUUCCUUUGGGCAGGAGACCAAAGUCUGUGGCCAUGAGUCACUGCAAAAGCAGGUGUGUGCCCCUCUGCUCUCCAUUUGUUCUUCAGGCCCCCAGCCCACUUGCAACUUCGGAGGUCAGGAACCUGGAAUUCUGCACUCCUAACUCUAUCCAUAGCUGUCCUUAUGCUUCCUGGCUCCUCUAGACACUGCUGGCUGCCAGACACCCUCUUUGUGACAUGUGCAAUGAGAAGAAAACCAUAGUCAGCCGAGUACUUGGUUCCAGGUUAGUGGCAGUUCCCUGUAGCUGGGGUGGCUGUACACAAACCCAGUCCCUUUUCAUUAUGAUUCUGUCGUGUUGUUUCUCUAACAAUGGAGAACUGUUAAUAACACAGAAAGAUUGCCUUACCUAGUGAGUGUGAGAAGCCAUAAGGACUGAAUUCUGUGGCCUAGCAUGGACUGACUCUUGGGGCACACAGCCAGGCCUGAAUAUCGUGCAGAGCCCAUAGGAUUCAGAAGCAUGGUCAGUUACUCUUGCACUGUACCUUCUCUAAUCCAGAAACCACAUUUAAUUUCAUAAAGAAACUUAAGAAAAG